AUGCCUAUGCAAAAUAAUAAGGUGGCCAGUGAAGGGCAGGUGAACUUCCAGAAAGUGAAGGAUGAAUGCAGGGCUGUAGUGGACGCACUGAACAAGGUUGUGGCCUGCUACAGACACUUGGCAAUCACUGUUGGUGGCUCGUCAGACAGCAAACACUUACGUGAUGAAUUGAGACGUACAAGAGAAAGGGCACAAGAGCUAGCAGUAAGCAACAGGAAUGUAAUAACUGCUGCUCUUCGGGACAAGCAGUUGAACAAGGAAGACAGGCGGGUGCUGGAGCAUCUAUGGGUGCAGUUUUCCAGUUGUCUGGAGCUUCUGCACAAUGACAUGUGCAGAGUGUUUGACUUGGGCCUGGCUGCUCCCCUCUCAUCAACUCAUCAACCAGCAAUGCAGACUGGUGCUACAGGCGGCACUUCAGCUAUUGCCUCCAGGGCACUGAGCGUUCAGAACAUCAAGUACAGUGAUUCACCAACUUACAAAGCGAAUCUGGAGCACAGUGAACUAGAAAAUGAAAUUUUGAAGGUGGACCAGAUGAUCACUGACAUGGAGCUGAAAGUCAAUGUGUUAAGGUGGACUGUGGAAGCCACAGCAAACAUGAAUGAUGAGCUUGAUAGCGCUGACGUCUCUUCAACUGUACUGCUCUCUGUGGAUGAAGGAGGAAACAGGCGCCAGUGCUGCAGCGAAAAACAAUUAGUGGUGUCAUUAAUUCUAUGUGGUGUCGCACUCAUAGCUGUCACUCUUUCUUCUGUGCUCUGA